AUGACUACACAGGAGACUGAUGGGCACGGGCCAGAAGCACCAGGAGGACGGCCAGGAACGUCGGGGCCAGGUAUCUUCCAACAUUGUUCGGCUGACCAAUUUGGCAUUAACAGCCAACCCUCCUUCUCAAGAAUACUUGGCCAAGUGUUACAAAGUAUGAUGCGUGUGGCACAGGAAUACAUCAAAUUCCCCCAAACAACCGAGGAAAUUCAAAGUUAUAAAGAAGCUUUCUAUAACAUUGCUGGCAUGCCCAAUGUUUUGGGAAUAAUAGAUUGUACCCAUGCAGCCCUGAUACCACCAGCAAGAAGUGAACGGGCAUAUAGAAAUAGAAAGCUUUAUCAAUCCAUUAAUGUGCAAAUUGUGGUUGGACCAUACCUAAAUAUUAUAGAUGUGGUGCCCAACUAUCCAGGAUCAUGCCAUGACGCAUUCAUCUUAAGAAAUACUGAGCUUUAUGCCAGAUUUCAACAUGGUGUCUAUGGAGAUUCAUGUUUGUUAGGUGACAAUGGCUAUAGACUCAGUAGAUGGCUAUUGACUCCCUAUUUGAACCCCAGAACAAGAGAAGAAGAACGGUUUAAUCGAGCUCACAAGAGAACAAGGGCAAUGAUUGAAUACACAUUUGGGCUCUUGAAAAGCAGGUGCAGAUGUCUGGACAUAACUGGGGGAGCAUUAAAGUAUAAACCCCAAACAGUGUGCAAAAUAAUAAUAGCAUGCUGUAUGCUGCACAAUAUUGCCCAAAAUAACAACAUACCUGCAGAAUUUGCUCAGGAUCUAAGGGAAGAAAUUGGUGCAACAGUGGAAACCCAAGAGGUCAAGCAGGAUUCCCAAGCUGUGCGGCAGCACAUAACUGCGCAUUCUUUGCAGAUUAGCUGUGUUUAA